CGGAUAAUCGAGGCUCUACUGUAAUUAAAAACAUUCAAACUGGAUAAGCGUUACAGGAAGAACUGAUAUGAAAAAUAGAUACGUUGAGCUAUACAGUACUAACAAGUGUUUCGAUAAGAGAAAUUAUAGAAUUUCGCUUUGCUUCAAUUUCAUUUACCGAGAAUGAAACUUUUUACAACUUUACUGAUUUCUUUAAUAUCUUUAUCGCCAGUUUAUUGCUAUAACGAAGGUUAUUGGGGAGAUUUUUUCUGUAAAGAAGAAGUCGAGGAGAAAGAAGUAUUUCGAUGUUUGUGGCCGUAUUUAUCUUACGAAUUUAGAGUAACGAUGGAAACAAUAAUGAGAUGCGCGGGACUUUAUAAUGUUUACGAUUACUUGGAAGUCGUAUGUAAUCCAAGAACGUUCAAAAAUAUAGCGUUAAAAGUCCAAGACUGCCAACAAUGGUACACGCCUAUGACGAAAUCUCCGGGUGAAGACGGCGAUGCCGAAAGCUGCGGAUUAUUCGGUUCCGUCCACGAAACACCGUACGGAUUUCGAAUUGAAUAAAAACGACAGCUUAAGUCGACAGACUGCGACUUAAAAAGUAUAAAUGCGAAAUUUGUCUGCUUCAGAAAAUCGAUCUAAAAUUUGCUUUCUUCCUUCUCCAAAUUGAUUACGAAUGACGGGAUCGUCGUCGU